GGUAACAGAGUUUAUGUAAUAUUUUAAAGACUAUAUAGGAGCAUCGCGUACGCCCAUAGCACCUGCUCAUUCAGACUGGGGAUGGACGAGGUGAGAGGCGUUUCCAUCUAUAGCUGCUUCUCUCUCUCUCACACACACACACACACACAUCAUCACUUUUGGCCCCGCGGAGCAGGGAUUGAGCACCGGUUGAGCGCAGUCGUCAACUCGGUUACUGGAAAAAAAAAGAAAGAAGCUAAAUUGCCCGUUUUUUUUUUAUUUUAAGAAAUGGAAACAUGACGUCGGUGUUUUGGUGAAACGGAAACGCUGCGGUUGAGUUAUUCACUGAGACCACGCGCCGCACGACGACGAGGACCGCGCGUCUUUGGCACCUGGAGGUGUCGCGCGCCAAACUUGCUGAGCUGAGAGCUGAGGAAAUCAACCGAGACACAAACGAACACGCUGCAGGACUCAGCGUGUCUCCGUUCACUGUCUUAAUGUAAGUUUUGGGGAGUACGCCUACGUGCUUAUUUUGCGCCUUUUCAACUGCACCAAUGCUGGGAUGGCUCGUGGCUCUGUGCAUUGUGAUCCUGGCGGUGCUGAUCUGGCCGGGCAAGUGUUUUGGCACCGAGGGUUCACCUGCUGUGCUUCAGAGACUCGGGACUCCACAGCAGGCGGCGAAGGAGAAGAGGUGCGUCUCAUCGGACCGAGAGCGGAGCGACAGUGUCCAUCGUCACGCGGCCUGUGUGGGCGCUGUGAGCGGCGAGGAAACACACACCGUGGCGCUCAUCUGCAAACCGUCCGCGCUGGCCAACUAUCUGUUCAAACACUGCAGGACUUUCGGUAAUUACUCGCCGUGCGGCGGCUGGACGUGGCGCGCCAGCGCGUUUCUCCAGAGUGUGUACCAGGCGUGCUGGCCGUACGACAGUCCGGUCCAGUUUGUGCGGGACAACCUGCAGCUGAGCGACGACGGACUGGUGGCCUUGGACUGGGCAGUGCCAUCCUAUCAGAGACGGCGCAGGACCUCCAGUCACUCCACGAGUCCCAUUCUGCUCAUCAUCCCAAACUCAUUUGGGAAAAUCACGAGGAAUGUGUUACAGUUGUGUGAGACAGCCCUGUCCCACGGCUACCUGCCGGCCGUCUUCAACCGCCGCAGUCACAACAGCACCCCGCUCACCACUGUCAAACUGCAGCAGUUCGGGGACCCCGCGGAUCUGCGCGAGGCCGUGCGCUACAUUCGCUACAGGCAGCCCGCGGGGAGACUGUACGCAGUAAGUGAGAGCACGGGGUCCGGCCUUCUCCUGUCUUACCUUGGGGAGUGUGGCUCGUCGAGUUACGUGACGGCAGCUGUGUGCCUGUCUCCCGUGUUCCGCUGCCAGAGCUGGUUUGAGAAUGGCUUGUGCCGGCCCCUUCAGUGGGCCUUAGUGCUCUACCAGAAGAUGUGUCUCAGCAGGUACAGGACGGUGCUGGCUGAGACCUUACAGGCUGAUGCUGCGUUUGCUAGUUGUUCCUUGCAUGGCCUGGAGGAGGCGCUGUUCUGUCAGACUGGACAUGCGGGUGCUGCACCAGCAGUGGCAACAGGGACCAGCAGCAGCAGCAGCAGCAGCAGCAACACCUCAGCUACCUGGGAUGCGUAUUGGGAACGCAAUGAACCCUUGAGGGACGUGGACGAGGUGGCAAUUCCUGUCCUGAGUGUUUGUGCUCAGGACGACCCGAUCCGCGGUGACACUCAGUCCACCAUUCCCCUGGAACUCUUCGAGACCAACCCACAUUUUUUUCUCCUCCUAACUGACCGUGGAGGUCACUGUGGUUUCUCCACCCAGUCUGAGCAGAGUGCUGCCGGUGCACCCGGCGCCGCUGGUUCUGCAGCACUGCCGUACAGUGCGACGGGGCACUGUGCGACCAACUGGAGUCACAGAGCUGUGCUGGAAUUCUUCAGGGCGACCACAGACUUCUUCGCUGGCGAGGAGAGAGCAAAGCAGCUCGCUGCCAGGAGGAGGGGGCUGGGAGGAGGUGCGGGAGGCCGGUUGUUCCGCCAUCGCAGUGUUAGCACAUGUAAAAGAGUGCCGGCAUGUUCCCAUAAUAUCCAUGCCAUUUAUAACUGGCAGCGGUCCUACACGCGAUAAGGGAGCUUAAUGGAAGUAGAUGGACUGACGGACGAGGAUAUGAGUCACGCAGGUCGUUCUCCGCCUGUGUGACACACAAGUACAAAGUCUUAUGAUAACCGCGAGUAGAAAAGGGAUAUUGUAAAAAUACGGGGAUGAUUAAGGACUGAAAUAUAUCACCACAGGCCACACGUUUGCAUGCAGUUGUGUUUAGCCGAAAACUGUCAAAAGAUAGUCCAGCUUUAUGUCUUUACUGGACCUCUCUUCACUGCCAGCUGUUAAAAUAGAAACAUGCUACACGGUCUGUAUUUCUACAACACUUUUCUAGUCCUUCGUGACCUCACAAAGUUGUUACGCUCCAGUUUUGCCAUUAACACCGGUCACUCACACAUUCAUAUUUUCUGUCCCACAUCUUUCACGCCCAUUAACGAGCAACGUGAGAUUAGGUAUCUCGUCCAAGGACACGGCGGAGCUGGGACUUGUACCCACAACAGUCCAGUGGAAAGACUGGACCACCGUCGCCCCCAGAUGAAUUCAGACUUCUCUCCGGAGCUGUGUCUCCAGAGCACAGGAUUCACGGGCGACUUUUCUCUGUGACGCAAGUCUUUUUGGAUACUUUUGGAAAAAAAACCCAAACAACAACAAAUAACAAAGUUAACCUAUCGAUCUUUUUCUUGGAAGUAGCUUUUUCAUUUUUGAGACGAUCUCCCACCCCGACUUAAUUGCAGUGUUGUUGAAAUUCAAACAUGGUGGUAAGUUUAUGGUUUUUUUUUUUUAUAGUUGAAUGUCUUCUUCUUAAAAGGUCUGAGUUUCCUAGAAUGGAUGAACGUAUUUAUUAUUCCCAUCCAGUCAGCUUUUAGCAGAAAGUCUGUGUCUGGAGGUGAUGGUAGUUCACUGAGCUGAGUGACUGAGCAUUCUGUGAGUUUUAGUGUGUCAUUAUUGAAACUCUGUGCUCUAAGGUUUCCCUGACCCACUGCUCCGGAUGAACGGUGGUGAAACAGUUGCCGUUUCUCCCUUCCUCGAUCAUGUGGAUGUUUUGGGUUUGGUCUUGUGCAUAACUGUAAUGAAUUACACAAACGGUUAUUUCAAAACUACAAAGAUUUUAAUUUGGUGCUCGUAAAGAUAAACUUUAAACCGGUUAAAGAGAACAGGAAAAACUACAAAGCUGGGUUUUUCCCUCUGUUAUUUUAUGAAGUUGCUACUGUAAUGGACAUUAUGACAGGAUUCAAAUAAAAUGAUAUAAAAUCAAGUUGCCAAAUAUGGGGUUUACACUUUGUAUAGACGAGAUGUCCUGAAAAAUAACACAGAGAGCUUUUUUUGUGGUGUUAUAGACAGUGUUCAUUAUAUACUCAAAAAUCACGAGUAUCGAGAGUAUUAUUUGCUAUAAACUUUAUCAAAAGAGCAUAUGUGUCUAUUACAGUGUAUUCCAGAGUUUCCAAAAGUGUGAAAAAAAGAAGUCCUUGUAUUUGAUUUCCAAUCGACUGAGUCCACACCACUCACAAUAGCUCGUUCAAUAAUAUAACAACCCGUUUCAACAACACUGUCUUGUACUCUUUGUUGCAGUCUCAUAUUUGUUGCAGCCAAAUAGACUUUAACAUCAUAUCCAACAAAUAUGACGUCUAUCUGUGAUGCCGUGAUAGGAAAAUGUGACGAUAGGGAAAAAGAAAUUGUAGAAAAGGCUGAGAAAUAUUAAAGGCCACAUCGUUAAAGCCUGUCAUUUCUGACCAAACGUAGAAAAUGGUUGCUUUAAAUAAACACUGGCUUCAAUUUGCCUUAGGCAAAUUAAGACAUGACGAUUGAAUUGCCCUUUCCCACUUUCCCUAUUCAAUCGAGCUGCAAUAGCCUGCCUCUGUGAUCAGGGACUGAUUUAAUUAAAAUGAUUGAUUUUUAAUUAACAAAGGACCCGACGUCCCCAUCACUGUAAUUAUACUAAAUUGUAGCCUCUCUAAAUUGACACACUUUACUGGGGAUUUGUUUAGGUGUAGAAUCCUGGAGGCAUUAAAAGGUGAAAAUGGUGAGAGGUUGAUUCAAUUCAAACAUUUACCGGAGGAACAUCUUAAUUUGGGGGGUGAGGUCAACAGACAAGAUAAUGUGUUGACAAUAGAAGUAAAAAUUGCUUCUCCCAAGUUUUUUAAUGGAAUGCUAUGACUGUAAAUCGCCGUCGUAAUGUACUGUAGGUUGAAGCUGGAGCAGGUCUGCAUUGGCACUAUACGUGACGUCUGGUUUCAGGUCCAGAAAGAACUACAACAUAGUACUUUACAGCAUAUGUCACACAGCCCCCUCUCCUCCCCCUUCCCUCGCUCGCUUGUGAAAGGUGAAAUCAUUCACUGAGUGCACGCCAUGCAGAGGCAGCACAAAAACCCCAGAGGGUUACGGAGAGAGAUACAAGAGGCUGCACAAGGGGGGAUAAUAUUAGUGCUUGUGAAAGAAAGUGUGAUGCACUGUAUGACAGCAGCAGCAGUGGAUAAGGGUCAGAGAGCGGCAGGUGGGCGACCAGGGCCCAGCGGGGAUCAUCUUUCCUCCUCAUCUGCAGCACACCAGCCUGCUACAGUAAGACGGACAAAAUGGAGACAUUUUUGAACGAGCAUGAGCUGUGACAGGAUGGCGAGACGUCUGAAAGGCCAUGAGAGAAACUCCUACGUUUUUCCACAAAAGUUCACAAAAUGUCCUCGAUCAAGGUUGAGUCAUGCUGCAGAGAGUUUUCAUACGGCCAUUCUAAACCCUGAAUGAUAAAAGAAUGUGAUUAAAUUACAGAACUGGUUUAAAUCAGAUAAAACAACAACAACACUCCUCUAUCUUUGAGAAGCUUUAAAAGAGCUUUAUUAUCAGUUGUUUUCAGUAUUGUCAUUAUUAUUGUUAGAGACACGCCGUCAAUAAAUACUUUAUAGUGAUAAAAGAA